GGCGCCAUAUUCGACCGUAACUCAGGCCAAGUUCACACAGCAUUUCGACAUGAGGUACAGAGUUUUAACCGGGCUUAUUCUGGAGCUCAUCGCUACCGACUGGAAAACAUAACCAAAGAAUUAGACGUCACUGACAGUUUUGCUGUUAGUAAUGCAUUAUGUUCUCAUUUAUCGAAGGGCGUUCUGGCCAUAUUUGGCGUGUCCAAUGCCUCAUCAUUAGCUACCAUACAGUCCUAUAGUAACACAUUCAAAGUUCCAUUUAUCACCAUUAGUAUGGCCCAGAAUACAUCAUCGAAAGAUUCAUACCAGAUUUAUAUGCGUCCAUUGUAUAUUCAUGCUAUCAUCAAAGUUUUAGAACAUUUUGAUUGGAGAAAAGUUUCUUACAUUUACGAUUCCGACGAAGGGUUAAUUCGUCUACAGCAAUUAUUCCAAUCUACAAAUUUGUACGAAUAUGAUUUACACAUCGGUGCCAAAAGAAUUACAACUGUUGACAAUUGUUUUAAUGUUUUAUAUGAAUUACAUAAAAAAGAUGAAGAGGAAGACCAACGAAUUAUCUUAGAUUUACAAAUAGAAAAAGCAGAGGAAGUCAUCAAACAAAUUAUGCGGUAUUCAGACGUUAGCAAUGCACGGUUUCAUUUUUUACUCGGCGAACUGGGUAUGUUAGAGAUGAAUUUAACUAAUUUUGAAACUGGUGGAAUCAACAUUACUGGAUUUCAAUUGAUGGAUCCUAAAAAUCAAACAGUUGAAAUGUUUUUAAAUUCUUGGGCCAAUUUAGAUCCAUUAGAAUGGCCGGGUGCUGGAACGAAGAAAAUUAAGUAUGAAGCUGCGUUAGCAGUAGAUGCAGUUCGUCUUUUUACCAGGUCUUUCAGUGGCAUUCUUGGAAUGGAGCCGAAUUUCCUCCAUCGUCAGUCCAGUCUCAAUGAAAAUAAAGGCAUUAAAUGUACAGACGAUUCUUUGGUUACAAGCAGGCAAGGGGAUAAAAUAAUUAAACAAAUGAAAUCGGUUAAUUUCGAUGGUGUAACUGGUCGUGUUGCCUUCGAUGAAAAUGGUCACAGAAAAGAUUUUACAUUGGGUGUUUACGAUGUAGCAAUGAAUCGAGGUAUUGCAAAAAUUGGGUCUUGGAAUAACAACGAUGGUUUUCAAGUGCAGCAGCCUAGAUUAUGGCGAGAUAGAAAUGCUAACGCUUUAGAUCAGAAUCGCACAAGAAUUAUAACAACAAUUCAGGUGAAGCCGUAUGUAAUGUUUAAAUCCCGGCCUAAAGAUGGAACGCCACUAGUAUCUAAUGAUAUGUUAGAAGGAUUCUGUAUAGAUUUAACUGAAGCUGUAGCUCGAGAAGUUGGCUUCAAUUACAGAAUCAAAUUUGUGCACGACAGUAAAUAUGGUGCUAAGAAUGAAAAUAAUUUAACAUGGAAUGGUAUGGUUGGAGAGCUAAUUAACCAUGAAGCUGAUAUAGCCAUUGCUCCUCUUACCAUAACAGCUAAUAGAGAACGUGUUAUUGACUUCACUAAACCGUUUAUGAGUUUAGGUAUAAGUAUAAUGAUCAAAAAACCUGAAAAUCAGAAAGCUCACGUGUUUUCUUUUAUGGAUCCUUUAUCGUAUGAAAUAUGGAUGUGUAUUGUGUUUGCCUAUAUAGGUGUCAGUGUUGUGCUAUUUUUAGUCAGUAGAUUUAGCCCUAACGAGUGGCAUCUCAGUGAAGACUCCUCGAUCACCAACGAUUUUACCAUAUCGAACAGUUUGUGGUUUUCAUUAGGAGCUUUUAUGCAACAAGGGUGCGAUGUGUCGCCAAGAUCAAUGUCCGGGAGAAUAGUUGGGAGUGUCUGGUGGUUCUUCACAUUAAUUAUCAUAUCAUCCUACACCGCUAACCUUGCCGCCUUCUUAACCGUCGAGAGAAUGUUGACUCCCAUAGAGUCUGCUGAGGAUUUGGCAAAACAAACUGACAUACAAUAUGGUACAACUAGGUCGGGCAGUACGGAAGCAUUCUUCAAGCAAUCAAAAGUAGACCGAUAUCACCGAAUGUGGUCCUAUAUGACCUCCGCCACACCGUCAGUAUUUGUAGACACGAUUGAAGAGGGCAUUAGAAAGGUACGAGAAGCUAAUGGAAAAUAUGCUUUCCUGAUCGAGUCUACGACUAAUGAGUACGUCAACAAGAGAGAACCGUGUGAUACAAUGAAAGUGGGAAAUAACCUCAAUUCUAAUGGUUUUGGUAUAGCUACCCCUGUUGGUUCCGAUCUCAAAGAUAAAUUGAACUUUGCUGUAUUGGAAUUGAGAGAGUCGGGUCAACUGGCUUCUUGGCAGAAAAAAUGGUGGUUGGAUACUGGAACUUGUCCACCACAAACAACUUCAAAGGACGGUGCACAAAGUGCCCUGUCACUCAAUAAUGUAGCUGGUAUAUUCUUCAUUCUGAUUGGUGGGUUAGUUUUAGCUUUGAUUACGGCGGGAUUGGAAUUUCUGUACAAAUCCAAGAAGGACGCGAGGAGGUAUAAGACAACUUUCGGGUCCGCCGUCAGAUCGAAAGCACGGUUAUCCUUCAGAGGCCACUCAGACGGGCCAGAACCGACGACCACCCGCUUGAGAAAGUCAAUGUCUACAUACACGUACACUGGACCAUCUCAAGUGGUCGGAGUUGAUGCCUGCAAUGAAACAAACACCCAUACUCAAGUUUAA